GUUUCAUUCUUUCCCUGAAGAAGCUCAGCCACCAAACACACAUGGUGUUGUGAGGUGCAAGAAGUCGUUCUGCAUGCCACAUGGUUCAACGUUGCUUUGAAGCUUAGAAAUUCAAGAAGUUUCCUGUAAAAAACUUCACUUUAAUGUGAACCAGAAGCUCGCAUUUCUCCUUCUGCCUCUUCACUUUCUCGAUAUGCGUCGUCUAUGGAUAAUCCUGCUCCUGUUGGUGUGGAAUAACAAUCUUGCACUUUCUGCAAAAUCAGGCAAGAAAAAGCACCAAGUGAAGAAUUUAGAUCAAUCUGUAACUUCAAAGAAGGACACGGCGUCUGUUCGGGACCGCGAGAGGGAAUCCAGCGUGCCGUCUGAAUCUGACUUUUUAGCCGAUUUUGCAGGGAAACAUCGCCUGUGGGUGAUCACUGCACCAUCGUACAGCGACAACUAUCUGCGUAUGAUGGAAAAACAGGUCCAGGAGUCUGAGGGACUGAACUGUCGACUGGCAGAGAGAAACACUCUAAUCGUCACUAUUAUUCAGAAUGCCAUGAUGGAGGGCAAAAUCCAGCGCUCUUCCUUACAAGGAGAAGCAACUGUGGCAUCCAUGGACUCCGAAUUGGUGUCCAAAUUUCUUCAUUACCUGGAGCUGGAGGAACAGACUUUCUCCAUGUUGAUUCUGAAAAAGAACAUGAGAGUCAGUGAGAGGUUUCCUUACCCGGUACGAGUUGAGGCUAUCCUUGAAGUCAUAGAUCAGUUGCCUGUGCGUAAAUUGGAAAAGGUUGCCAGGAAGGGAUCGCCGAUUAAAUGCAAGAUCACAAAGAAGAGGGUGGUGGUAAAGAAACAGGGUUCCACCAAACGAAGAAUCGUCGGUCCAAAGAAGCGAGGAAACAGCACAUCCAUCUUCCCCAUACAUAAGAAACCUUUAGAUAAAAAGGAAACUUUGAGAAACAAAGUCCAAGAUAUUUUGAGUGGACGUUCACGAUUCGUUAUUCGGAAAACAUCAAUAAAACCAAGUUCAAAAUCUGGAUCUAGUGAAAACAAGACUCCGAACCAUGAUGAGCAACGGAAAACUGCAGACAAUAAUAGACACAAAGAAGCAAUGACAGAAGUGAAGAGACAUCAGUCUGAGGCAGAAAAAGAGCAAACCGGUGCGAAAUCUGAUUUUGACACUGUCAAUGAAGAGAUCAAUGGAGAACAAACCGUUGACCAUUCAAACUCUAAAAAGAAAGACAAAGAAAAGGAUGGCAAGAAGAAAAAAGGGAAAGGAGGGAGGAGAAAAUCCCAACGAGAAGCAGAUGAUAAAGAAAAGGCAGCUCUUAAAGAAUUUAUGCAAAACCUUAAAGGACGAAGAAGACUUCUUAUAAUAUCCUCCCCAAGUGAUGGCUCAAGUCAGUAUGUCAAACAGAGAGAUGAUAAUGAGCUACACAGCUAUGACUUUUCCUUGAGAAAGGUGUCCGUUCUCUCAAUUCUGGGUUCAGAACGUAACCCUACACUGCAUAUUCAACACUACCAACAAGAUACAGACCCCCCACAAGCAUCACUGCCGGAUAAAUUCAGAAAUCCAGCAUUAAUCGGUGAGAUCCGAGGAGAAUAUGGGCUGCACUCCAAAAACUUCUCAAUGGUGUUGACUGAUUAUGACAUGAGGCCUAAUCUUAACAGGGUUUUCAACAAGCAAAUAUCUCCUUCUGUUUUACUGAACGUCAUUGACAGCUUUCCUUCACGUCAGUCUGAAAUGGAGGAUGAGAAAAUGUCCCCCUGUUCUGGAGCUGAAACAAACAACCAGGAGAACUUGCUGUUGAGGUUUAUAUCAAAACGAAGACUUCUGAUUAUUUCAGCACCCACUGUAGAUGACUACUCCCUCCAUCAGCAGCUUCAAGCAUUUAAUGGACAGGAAUGUCCAAUGGGUAUCCGUCAUUUUGCCUUGCUGAAACUAGUCGGUGUUGGAUCGGCAGCUUCAGGAACAGCAGAGUUUUUUCCAUUGAAUGGGAAAAGCAAAUCUGAAAAAGAGACGCUCUCGACGGAUUUAGUGGAGAAUAUAAGAAAUCAGAUGAAGAUAAACAGAGAUUACUUCAGUAUGCUGGUGGUGGGUAAGGAUGGAGAUGUAAAAGCCUGGUUUCCAUCUCCCAUGUGGUCCCUGGCGAGUAUCUACGACCUCGUGGACUCUAUGGAGUUACGUCAACAGGAAAAGAAACUCCAGGAAACUCUGAGAAUUCACUGUCCCGAUGAGAACAACGGUAGUUACCCUGGCUACACAGAAGACACAGAGGACACCUAUUUGUACCACAGACCUGAGAACAGAAAGUAAACAAACCAACAUGACAAUUACAUUGGACAUGAAUAUAAUGAACACAGCAUGGUUUGUACAUGGUUAUCCUUAUGACACGUGAUGCAAAAGUUAACUUGGAAUUCAUACAGUCAUCUUUAUGCUGUUGCUAUGUUUAGAUAAAUUUCAUCUCCUAGAAAAUUUCACUUCCCUGCACCUGCUGGUGCACAUGCUACUGCGAUGCUAUAAGCCAUUUUCUUAUAUAAAACCCUAUUUUUAUAAGCUGGAGAAAAUGUUUGAUUUGUGAGUUAUG